AUGACUGAAGUUUCUCCUAUUUUGGAUAAUGUUUCACUGAUGAGUAGAUUAAGCAUAGGGGAUACACAAUGGGGGGAGCAUUAUGUUGAGCGGAUAUACCAGAUAUGUGGGCAAGUCCAUCCGGGUAUGGCGAUUGAUCAUGACGCAGUUUUGCAUGUCAAAAAUACUAUUAUACGGAUCCUUGCUGAGAUUUUGGAGUCUCGCCCUAUGCGAGUUUCUGAACUCGAAAAAAAUUUUUUACGCCUUUUUCCCAAAAGUUGUCAAUGGAUUGUGAAGGAAGGUUUGGAAACAUUAUCCCAUACUCCUCGAAAGUCUCAUUCGGCACGGUUUGGCUUCUCGCGACAACAUGAGUUUCAUUCGAAAAUGAUCAGCCUUGUUGAAAGUGUUGUUGGAUCUCGUGAAAAUGAUAAGAGAGAUCGUGAACUUGAGAAAGAGAUCGAGAGAAUGGGUUUUUUCACUCAAGCCGUUUGUGAAAUUUUAACAGAGGAUAUAUUGAAAUGGACAGGGAACUAUGUGAAACACAUCAGAAGCACUGAUCCCAAGAUCACUCUUCAAAACUUACAAAUUGCUAUGAAUGCAGAUAAGGGUCUUAUGCAAUUAACAAGUUGUGUUAAUAAUGAGGAAGAAGACGUUUUCAUUGGAGGCUUCUUCUCCAAUUUUUGUGAGUACAAUGAAGAUAUCGUGGAUUCCCAAAUAUCUAUGCCCAAUGUUACUUACGAAUCAAUUGCACAUGAGUUUCUUAAAGAAGAGAGAUUAUAUCUUCGCGAACUUAAUCAAACAAAUAUUUUCGUGAAACGUCUCGAAAGUUACUUGAAUGAAACUGAUAAGAAACUACUCAAACAAAUUUUCGGGAACUUACAAGAAAUUCAUGAUUUGACUAUAAAAGUUGAACGCACUUUAGAAGAUUCUAUCGAAAUGAACGACGGACUGUGUAUAGGAAUGGGCUUUUGGGAACUUUCCGAAGCUCAAGAGUUUGACACUUAUUUGUCCUAUAUGAUGAGAGGAGAAGAUGAAGAGCAGUUGUACAAUAUUGCCGUCGAAGCGGGUAUAAAUGAAUUAUUGGUGAAUUCACAAUAUGCUCAUAUAUUCUCUAAUGAUGAUGGAGGCUAUGGUAAUUCUUUGGAGGGCACCACUUUUCGUUUAGCCGUACGUUGUGUUUUGCCCACAUUAUUAAGUGCUCCUAUCUUGCACUUAUUUAGGUACUUAGAUUAUGUAAACAAAUUACUUCGUUUUUAUCAAACUGAAGAAGAUCGUACGGAUCUGGAAAACUGUAAAAUAUACUUGAACAGUGUGGUGAACAAAAUAGAGAAUCAAUGCUCUCAUUUGAAAUCUAAGAUUAAACAGGAGCAAACUGUGAGGAAUGAUUCACGUAUAUCUCAGGUUAAGAAACUUCAAAACAUCCAAUACGCCAUUGAUGGGUUUGAAGGAAAUCCUAUAGGGCAAACGUGUAAUGAGUUGAUGAAAGAAGGCAGUUUACAAAUGGUACGGCCUUCUGUUGCUAUAACAGGGGAUGUCACGAAGAAAGGUAGAUGGGCGACUGAUCGCUACAUAUAUUUGUUCGAUCAACUGAUUGUUUUUUGUAAAAAACAUAAUAAACAGACAAGUAGUAAAGCCAGUAAGUACAAAUUCAAAACUCGUGCAGCGGUCUCCAGAGUAGAAGUCGUAGAUUUGGGGAACAAUAACGGUUUGAAACAUUCUUUCCGGCUGGAUAUUAGAGAGAAAAAUCUUGUAUUAUCAUACACAAUGGUAUGCAAAAGUUUGGAAGAAAAGUCUUCUUGGCUUACAGCUUUAGUCACUGUCACUACUAAAGGGCUUCUAGACAGAAUUUUGGAUGCAUAUCAGAAAGAAGAUUCUAAAAGAAUACCUCUCAUUACGCCUUCCCCAGCGCAGUACAGAUAUGCCGAAGCGGAUUCUGAGGAGAACAUUAUAUUUGAAGACUAUACUUCUAGUAGCGGUGUGCCAGAAAUCAAAAGUGGAACUAUAUUAAAGCUUGUGGAACGGCUUACUUAUCAUCAAUAUACUGAUAACAAGUUCGCCCAAACAUUCCUUAUAUCAUAUCGAACUUUCACGAGUCCGCAUGAACUACUGGAUCUUCUGGUUGAAAGGUUCAAUGUUCCCAUCCCGUUAGAGUUGCAAAACCAAGAGAUGAGGGGAGGACCAUUGGCAGGCAGAUAUGAUACAAUUCAAUCCCAUGGGCUUACUUCUGGGAAACAGAUCCCAAUACGCAUUCAAGCGCAAUGUUAUCAACGUUUCACAAAAGAGUAUGAGCGCCCUAUACAGCGCAGAGUUUUGGCAGUAAUGCAGCAAUGGGUCAAAAAGCAUUGGUCUGAUUUCGAGAAUGAUCCUGGCUUGUUAGAAAAAUUGAAGGAAUUUCUUCAAAAGUCUUGUGAAACACAGGGCAAACUAACGAAUCAACACAAAAAAUUUUGUAAAAGUAUUAGUGCGUUAAUCGAGAAGCUUGUCGUAAAAAGCGCUGGUCCAUUGGAAAAUCAUACAAGCUCAACAGCUUUUGAUUGGGAAAGUGUUGCUACUCAAAAUAGCCGUUCAAAUCAGUUCCAACCAAAGAAGCCCGAGAUUGUGUGGCAUAUAGCCAAAAAAGGAGAGAUUGAAACGUACGAUUUAUUGACUUUGCAUCCACUUGAAAUCGGGAGACAGUUGACCAUCCUUCAUUUUGAUCUUCACCGCGCAAUAAAGCCCAGCGAGUUCGUUGCUGCCGCUUGGACCAAGCAUGAUAAACAUGAGAGAAGUCCUCAACUUCUGAAAUUGAUUGGUCAUUGUAAUCUACUUACUUAUUGGGUAUCUCGUUCAAUUGUUGAGUCCGAUUCCUUAGAAGAACGAGUUGCUAUGCUAAGUCGAGCUGUAGAGGUUAUGUACGUGUUCGAAGAUUUACAUAAUUUCACAGGAAUUGUAACUUUUUUGUCGGCCUUGCACUCAUCCAGUGUCAAUAGACUUAGGAACUGUUUUGAUAGACUGGAUAGUGACAAGAUGAAAUGUUAUGAAAGACUCGAUAAUCUUUGUGACUCGAGAUAUAAAAAUUUAAGUAAUCGCCUCAAAGACAUAAACCCUCCUUGUGUUCCAUUCUCAGGAUUGUAUAUGUCGACGAUAUUUCGUUUCGAAACAGGGAACAGUACUUUCGUGAAGAAUGUAUCGGAUAAAGAGAAAAACAAAAAAUCUCCGGCUCAUCUUGUGUCUUUCUACAAAUGCAGAAAGAUAUCUGAUCAAAUUCGAGAAAUCCAAAUGUAUCAGGACCAACCAUACUAUCUGCAAGUUGAACCGUCUAUUCGACAAUACUUCGAAACAAUCAAUCCAUUGGCAGACUUUAACGAAAAUGAAGAAGAGCUACAGACAUAUUUAUUUGAGAAAUCUCUCAAAGUUUUCCCUAAAGACGGCGACAAAACUCCGGAAACAAACGUGAAAUCUAAAAGGCCUCCAAAUGUUCUGAAGUCUCCUGGAACAAAACCUCCGAAAUCAAAUAAUGCACAAUCGCAUCACCAACAAGCUAUGACCGUUCCCAGCACCCCAAAUCCGGAUAAUGAUGGACCAAAGUCGGCUUUCCUGUUAUCAAGUAGGGAUGACAGUCAGAUGAAUCUAGAUUCUCAUCACAUUCGGCACUAUUCUGGUGAGAGUUCCCGCAGAACGCAAGCUCCGAGCAAAAUAGGUCUAUUGCAACCACCCCCUACGUAUCCUCAUAAGUCCUCUAGAUCCCUUCCACCACCUAUUCCUUUUGCACCUUCGACUCAAAGUUAUCUACCAAAAUCUCAACCGAAGUCACCACUAUCCGCAAAAACACCUCCUACUCCUAAGUCUGCCAAUCGAUCGAUCGUAUCUGAUGCUUUUAUUUUCCCGUCGACUGAUUCUAACAGCGCCUAUCCUGUUAGAAACCAUCGAUAUUCUGGAGAUGGUAAUAUUGUUAGUGAGCAAAAAGUUGUUUUCGAAAGGCCACGCUCAGCAGUUUCUCAUUCUCCUACUGUUUGCUUAUCAGUUCCGUUACCACCUGCUCUGCCUCCUAGAAGAGUAGUUUUCCCGCCACCGUUGCCUCCAAAACCACACCGCAGCCAAACUCCGCCACCCCUUCCGCCAAAAACUUACAAGCACAAACAGAGUAGCCCAGAUUUGCCUCAGCAAGAGAAAUAA